UCAGAAAGGAGAAAAGAGAAUGGAAGAACUAGACGGGUAAGAACUUGAAAGGAACAAACUGAGAUGGGGAAGAGCUAGAUUGAAGGGCUAGAAGAGAGUACUAGAGGAAUGAGAUGGAAGAUGAGGAUGAUGAGCCAGUUGGGGAACAACAAGGUGAGGAAGAACGAGAUGAGGAGAGAGAAGGAGAUGGGAGAAAAGAUGAUAUGGGAAGGAACAAGAUGGAUGAGAACCUAGAAGGGGCAGAACAAGAUGAAGGAAUUAAGAUAGAACCCAGAGGGGACCGCGGACAAGUGUAGAGAGAAAUCAGGCAAGAAAAGACCUAAAUAUGAGAGCAGAAUAUAAGCUUGUAACUGUCACAGAAUAAUAAAGUAUAUGGACUAAGGAGUUUCGUGUACAUAGAUUCAUUUCUUCUCAUCAAAGAUUAAUUAUCAGCUGGUUGUAGAUUCUUCCCGGACCCUGGGAGGGGACUAUCGAGGGGCUGGACCCCCAUAGUCCCCGAUAUUAUGCCUUUCAUAGUAAUUUUCAAACAUCUCUUGCUUGACAGCUUUGUAAAGUAGGAACAUAGAAAUGAGCACAGAUCAUGUAGAUAUAUGUAAGAACAUACUAUUUGCAAAUAUGAAUGCUUCCAUUUUUGUGAGACAAGAAAGCUGGUGAACCAAGAUUGAAACACCAACUCGGAGCUCUAAAGAAAAGUAGGCAUUAGCAGGUGACAUCAUGCUAAGGUGCAUGUCAGUCUUCAUGGAAACUCACUGUGUAAAGAAGCUUUCACUGCUGGCCUAAUAUGUCAGCUUGUGUCCUUGGCAUUGGUACACAUAAAUACAGGAGCAGGUGAUAAAUCUUGUUAUGUGUUUUAGCAAAUGUGUCAUCAAUUAGUCAUCUUUUAAUGUUAUAGUCAGUUCACAUUGGCCUUGAGUAUAAACAUACUGUUUAUGCAUGAACAUCAUCUUGGCUGGGGAAAUGGCACAGUGAGUAAGAGUGCUUGCUGUACACUUAUACUGACCUGAGUUUGAGUCCCCAGCACCCACAUAAAAAGCUGAGCUUAGCCACAGAACACUGAUUGCUGCAAGUCACAGAAAUAUGAAGUAGGAACUCAGCUGGCACUGACAAGGCUAACCCAUCAGAGCCAAGGGUUCUGUUGGAAGUUAAAGCCAAAACUUGAGUUUUGGUGAUACUGUAUUAGCUGUUUCCUACAGUGAAUUUCUUGUGUGCUAUUGUACCCUUCCCAUCUGAUUCUUUUCCCAAGAACUUCUAACAGUAUGAUUGAUCAUUUAUUGGGCACAACUUCCCCUAUACAUUUCGGGUGUUUGGAUAACAUUCCCCCAGCUGUGUAUGAAAACAGUCACACAGUCAAAACCUGUUUGCCACAACCAGGUCUUUGUUCCUCUCUCCAAUGUAAAACUGAGAGGUCUGCCUUUCUGCAGUUAUCUUCAUUGGCAGGCAUUUGGUCAGUGUUAAGUGUCCAGGCAAAAGUACCUCAUUUGAAACAUUCUCAGACACCCAAGGACAUUUGUUGAUUCACAGCCUUUAGAUAGACAGGUAACAAGCGUGCCCUGGGCUCACCCUUCCUAGAGACAGGAAAGUGCUGCUCCAGGCUAAGCUCACACUAACCAAUUCCUAACUCCUUGUACUUUCACCUUGGUUUACUACUCAGUUUAUUAUCUAACCACACUUAGGAGUGCAGUAUUACACACAGAUUCCCCUUUUUCCCUUCUUAGAUUUCCCUAUUGAUUUAAGGUCUCUCUCCAUCUUUUGACCCCAUUCCCUUUAAGAGUUCACUGAGGCUUUUACAAGUCACCCCUCGAGUCAUAAGAAAGCCUGACAAUCACUGCCUGGUGUAAACUCUUAUCUACUUUUUUUUUUUUUUUUUGUUUUGUUUUGUUUUGUUUUUUUCGAUCUUAUCUACUUUUAUGACCCUGAAAGAAUUCAAGCCUUGUGGCCUUGCUUUGGCCAGAGAAUUGCUGAUUGUAUGUGUAUAAAACCUGGAAACUUUAGAGACUCAAGGUAGAACAAAGAACAGCACAGAAAUGUAUGAGAGAAAAGUUGUAGACUGAGAAUUGACUUAGAAGAAUAAAAUGAAUGGACUGAAAGAGCUUGGUGUGUGUAGAUUCAUUCAAUAUUCCUAAGAUUAGAUUCUCAGCUGGUGGUAGAUCCUUGCCCAGACCCUGGGAAAGGGCUAGCUGGGGCUUGACCCCAAUAGUCCUUGUUAACUGGUAAUCUCAGCAGAGAGGGACAGACACAGAGUAUGGCUGUGGCUUCCUGUCUGCCAGCCUAACUCUGGGUUCAGUGAGACCUUAUCUCAAGAGAAUAAGAUGGAGAGUGAUAGAGAAUGAUGUUCUCUGGCCUCUGUGCACCCACAAGUGUGCAGGCAUAUAUGCAUAUAUGCAAAGAAUUUUUUUUCGAUUCUCUGGAUUUUAAAGACAGGAAAGCUGCCUAGACAUAGUAGUACCCACAGUGGUAGACUGAGCCCUUCUACAUCAUUUAGCAAGGAAAUGAUGCAUAUACAUACCCAUUGUAUGAUGGCAGCAAUUCUUCAAUCAAGGUUUCCUCUUCUCUGGUGUGUCAACACCUAGGCAGUCUCUAUCUAGGUUGGUCCCACCCACCAUUGACUUCAGCCAGUGUCUGCUUUGAUAUUUUAAUAGGCACCUAGGUUAACCAUUUGUCCUGUAUUUCUUUGAGGCCUAAGACCCUGGCCCUGAGAUGGGCCAGUUUGAGACAAGAGAGAAGAACCCGAGAUACUGUGGCUGAUUUGCAGUAGCCUGCUUCUUUAGGCCUGAUCCCAUAGCCCCUCUGCAGUUCUCUCUUGGACAGAGUUAAGAAGCAGUGUGCUGUGACUUGACAGUUCUCUAUAGUACCUGGCUCCAUGCUCCCUUGUCAUGUACACUAUGCUGAACCAAAUCACACGAUAUGAAAGAUCCUGUCCACUAAAAGGUUAUUUUUUUAAAAAAAUCAGACUUUUAAUUUGUUCUGGAGAGUAAUCUGAGACAACUCAGGAUGAUAGCUCAGGGGUGAAGGCUGCUCUCUGAAGCUCUUCUGACCUCGCCUCCCCUUCUCAAGGUCAGUCUGUCAGCCUCUGCCUGCCCCUCGCUCCCUCACCUCCCCGUCUCUGUCUAGUGCCUUCCCUUCCACCUCGAGGACGGAUCAUGGCUUGAGGCACUUCAUAAUAAACCUGAAAAGGAUUUAUUUAUGUGUCAGCUUUCCUUUGUUGAAGGACUGCUGCAGCUUUUUACUUCUUAACUGCUGGAAUGUAUCGUUUAUAACGUUUCCAUUAGCAUACAUUAAUUAUACGUAAUAUUUCAUGGUAACAUUUUCAUUCAUGUACAUAAUGUACCUUGUUUAUAUCGCAUACACAGACCCCCCUCUUGUCCCUCUCCCUCUCUCCUUGACUCCUUUCAUCUAUCAUGUCUUUGUGUGUCUCUCUGAGUUUCAUUAGGGUUGUUGACAGGAGAGGAAGAGGUGCUGUCAGAGUUGGGAGGAUAACAUCCUGUCACUCAGGGCUCCGAGACUGAAUCUGUGGGCACCAGCAAUGACGGCCGCAGAAGCGGCAGGUACGAACUCUCCAAUCAGGAGUGCCGAGAGGCAGGGCCUUGUCUGCCAUCUUUCUUCCUGGCGGCUCUCAGCAACCAACUGAGGGAGUCCGGGUCGGUUUAGCUUCCUAGACUGUGUGACGUCUAUCCCUAGGAGCCGUCUUGAGAUCCAUAGGACAGGAAACUGCCGGUGCAGACGAAGAUGUACGCGGGUUGUGUGAGCGGCCCAAUCAGCAGCGCCGGUGGGCUGAGCGAAAGCGCCUCACCCGCCAUCUUUCUUCCUGGCGCCUCCAUCCUCACUGCUGUGGGCCGUGGGUCAGUGACCUUUGAGGAUGUGGCUGUGAAGUUCACCCUGGAGGAGUGGACUUUGCUGAAUCCUUUACAGAAAAAUCUCUACAGAGCUGUGAUGAGAGAAACCAUCAGGAACCUGCAUGCUAUAGGACAGAAAUUGGGAGAACAGAACACUGAAAAUGAGUACAAGAAUCCCAGGGGAAAUCUGAGAUGUCAAGUGGUAGAGAGGCUCUGUGACUAUGAAGGUAGUCAUUGGGAAGAAAUCUUCAAAGAGAUUCCAGAUCCUGUGGUGAACCAAAAAACUGGAGAAAAGCCAUGUGAAGGCCCUGGGUGUGAAGACUUCAUUGGUCCUUCAUCCCUAAAUGUGUCCCUCAGAUAUCAGACUAGAUGCAUAACUCAUAUGUAUAAAGAACAUGGUGGGAAGCCUAAGGAAUGUGGGGAGGCUUUCUGUUCUCCCCAAAGCUUUCAGAAGCAUGAACAAAUUCAUAUGAGAGAGAAAUCCUAUGUCUGUAAACAGUGUGAUAAAACCUUUAGGAAUCUCAGUUCUCUUCAAAAUCAUAAAAGGAUUCACACUAGAGAGAGAAAGCAUGAAUGUAAACAGUGUGGGAAAUCUUUUAAGAGACACAGUGAUGUUCAAGUACAUGAGAGAAGUCACACUGGAGAGAAACCCUAUGUAUGUAAGCAUUGUGGGAAAGCCUUCACUCAAUCCAGAUACCUUCAAAUACAUGAAAGAAGUCACACAGGACAGAAACCCUAUGUGUGUAAGCAAUGUGGGAAAGCCUUCACUCAAUCCAGAUACCUUCAAAUACAUGAAAGAAGUCACACAGGAGAAAAACCCUAUAUAUGUAAGCAUUGUGGGAAAGCCUUCGCUCAAUCCAGUUACCUUCACAUACAUCAAAGAAGUCACACUGGAGAGAAACCUUACUCAUGUAAGCAAUGUGGGAGAGCCUUCACUUUUUCCAGUUCCCUUCAAAGUCAUGUUGUAGUUCACACAGGAGAAAAACUCUAUGUAUGUAAGCAUUGUGGGAAAGCCUUCGCCCAGUCCAGUUACGUUCACAUACAUCAAAGAAGUCACACUGGAGAGAAACCUUACUCAUGUAAGCAGUGUGGGAAAGCCUUCACUUUUUCUAGUUCCCUUCGUAGUCAUGAUGUAGUACACACAGGAGAAAAACCUUAUGUUUGUAAGCAUUGUGGGAAAACCUUUGGUCGUUACAGUAGCAUUCACAAACAUGAAAAGACUCAUAGUGAAAAUAGACUCUCUUAGUAUAAUAAAUGUGAUUUCCACAUUUCAGUUGCUCUGAUUCCUUUCAAAUAAUAGCUGACACUGGUAAGAAACCCAAGGUUUGUAUGCAAUAUUUGAUGCCUUCGUUUAUCCAGUUCUCAUUGAUACCAAGAAAGGAUUCACACUGUGUUUGUUGAAUAUUAUUUUGAGAUGUGUUACAUUUGUUUCUACUGUGAAUCAUUUGUUUUAAUGAUGCAAAGAUGUGUGUAGUGUGAAUUCUAAUUGGUCUUAACAAUAAAAACCUGGAGUCAGA